CUCUCGGGGAUCGGACGCAGGUUUGAAAUGGCAGAACACUUGUGCAUGGGCUGUCUAUUUACGGAUAUAUAAGGAUUGGCCAAAUAUUUUCUUUGCAAGACCGACACAGCUAUUGUCAAUCCUUGGAGAUGAAGAAUUAUCUCAUCCCAGCUGGAAAUGUGUUUUGUGUCUGAAAUGAAGUUUUCUGUUGUAACUCAGUGUUAUCCACUGGAACCGGGAGCUGAGAACACACCAGCAUUUGCUCACUGGAGAUCAGUUCUUCAACCCAUUGAUUGUAGAAGGGAUUCAAACAUCUGACUGUCUGAAUUGCCAGAUGAUUGAUCGCAGUGAGAUAUCAUUCUCCUUCUCUCAGUGUGGGAAGGGAUUCACUCACAGCCUACCCACAGACACGCCAGUGAGUUCACAGUGAGGAGAGGCCAUUCACCUGCUCUGUGUGAGGGAGGGGAUUCACUCACAGCCUACCCACAGACACGCCAGUGAGUUCACAGUGGGGAGAGGCCAUUCACCUGCUCUGUGUGAGGGAGGGGAUUCACUCACAGCCUACCCACAGACACGCCAGUGAGUUCACAGUGGGGAGAGGCCAUUCACCUGCUCUGUGUGAGGGAGGGGAACUACCCAGUCAUCCAGCCUGAAGAUACAUCAGGAAGUUCACACCACAGUGAGAUGCUCCACCUGUUCUGACAGCAGGAAGCAAUUCAUUCUGUCGACGGUGCUAAAUAUACAUCUGAAAAUUCCCCAGUGAGAAGACAGUAACCUGUUUACAUGGUGAGAAGGCAUUCACACACUCAACCAUGCCACAGUGACACCAGCAAGUUCAUAACGGGGAGAGGCCAAUCACCUGCUCUGUGUGCGAAAGGAUUCACUGAAUCAUCUCAACUGAAUGAACACCAGUGAGUUCACACUGAAAAGAUGUCGUUCACCUGCUUAGACUGUGGGAAGGGAUUCACUCGUUCAUCCACACUACAGAGACACCAGCGAGUUCACACCGGGGAGAGGCCAUUCACUUGCUCUGAAUGUGGGAAGGGAUUCAGUGACUCAUCCAAACUUGUGAGACACUACCGAGUUCACACCGGGGAGAGGCCGUUCACUUGCUCUGAAUGUGGGAAAGGAUUUGCUCGGUCAUCUCAACUGACUGAACAUCAGCGAGUUCACACUGGGGAGAAACCGUUCAGCUGCUUUCAAUGUGGCAAGGGGUUCACCCAGUCAUCUCAUCUGAAAGUACAUCAGCGAAUUCACACUGGGGAGAAGCCGUUCAGCUGCUCUGAAUGUGGGAAGGGAUUCACUGACUCAUCCCACCUUGUGAAGCACUGCCGAAUUCACACUGGGGAGAAGCCAUUCACAUGCUGUGAAUGUGGGAAGGGAUUCACUGACUCAUCCCACCUUGUGAAGCACUGCCGAAUUCACACUGGGGAGAAGCCGUUCACGUGCUGUGAAUGUGGGAAGGGGUUCACUGCGUCAUCCAACCUGCUGAGGCACUGCCGAAUUCACACUGGGGAGAAACCGUUCACCUGCUUAGAUUGUGGAAAGGGAUUCACUCGGUCAUCAGGCUUGAAAGUCCAUCAGCGAGUUCACACUGGGCGAUGCCAGUCACCUGUUCUGAUUGUGGGAAUGAAUUCGCUCAGACAUCUCAACUGACUGAACAUCAACUGCUCAGACUGUGGGAAGGCAUUCACACACUGAUCCACACUGCAGAGACAGUGGUGGGUUCACACUGUGGGGAGGGUGGUCACCUGCUCAGACUGUGGGAAGGCAUUCACACACUGAUCCACACUGCAGAGACA